AGCCCGCCGGGCCGGGCCGGGCUGCGGGCCGGGGAGCGCGGAGCCGGGCGCCUCGGCGCAGGGCAGCGACAGAGGAGCCAGGCCGCCCCCCAUCCCCGCCCCGCCCGAGCCCGCCCCCGCGGCUGGCCCCUCUGGGAUGUCCGAGAGACCCAGGCGUCCAGGACGGUGACCGAGCGAGCCCGAGGAUGGGACGGCGCCCGCAGCUCCGGCUCGUCAAGGCCCUUCUCCUCCUGGGGCUGAACCCUGUCUCCGCCUCCCUCCAGGACCAGCACUGCGAGAGCCUUCCCCCAGCCAGCAACAUCUCCGGACUGCAGUGCAAUGCAUCCGUGGACCUCAUUGGCACCUGCUGGCCCCAGAGCCCGGCGGGGCAGCUGGUGGUUCGACCCUGCCCUGCCUAUUUCUACGGUGUCCGCUACAACACCACAAACAAUGGCUACCGGCAGUGCCUGGCCAAUGGCAGCUGGGCCGCCCGCGUGAACUACUCGGAGUGCCAGGAGAUCCUCAGUGAGGAGAAGAAGAGCAAGGUACACUACCAUGUUGCUGUCAUCAUCAACUACCUGGGCCACUGCGUCUCCCUGCUGGCCCUCCUGGUGGCCUUUGUCCUCUUUCUGCGGCUCAGGAGCAUCCGGUGCCUGAGAAACAUCAUCCACUGGAACCUCAUCUCGGCCUUCAUCCUGCGCAAUGCCACGUGGUUUGUGGUCCAGCUCACCAUGAGCCCUGAGGUCCACCAGAGCAACGUGGGCUGGUGCCGGUUGGUGACAGCCGCCUACAACUACUUCCACGUGACCAACUUUUUCUGGAUGUUCGGCGAGGGCUGCUACCUGCACACGGCCAUCGUGCUCACCUACUCCACCGACCGGCUGCGCAAGUGGAUGUUCAUCUGCAUCGGCUGGGGUGUGCCUUUCCCCAUCAUCGUGGCCUGGGCCAUUGGGAAGCUCUACUACGACAACGAGAAGUGCUGGUUUGGCAAAAGGCCUGGCGUGUACACCGACUACAUCUACCAGGGCCCCAUGAUCUUGGUCCUCCUGAUCAAUUUCAUCUUCCUUUUCAACAUCGUCCGCAUCCUCAUGACCAAACUUCGGGCGUCCACCACGUCUGAGACCAUUCAGUACAGGAAGGCUGUGAAGGCCACUCUGGUGCUGCUUCCCCUCCUGGGCAUCACUUACAUGCUGUUCUUCGUGAACCCCGGGGAGGACGAGGUCUCCCGGGUCGUCUUCAUCUACUUCAACUCCUUCCUGGAAUCCUUCCAGGGUUUCUUCGUGUCUGUUUUCUACUGUUUCCUCAACAGCGAGGUAAGGGCCUCGGGCUGGGCUCAGGAUGGCAGGAGGCCCGUUGGGACCAGAGAUUGUAGCCUUGUCCUGCCCUUCACAUUCUGGCUCUCUGCUCCCUGCUCCCAGGUCCCUGUGGAGAUGCUGCUGGGAGCCCCAGUGGGUUGAGGGUAGGGGAUCUUCAUGGCAAAGGCCUUAUGGCAGUUUUGUGUGGAUUUUAAAAAAGCAUCCCUUCCACAGAACACCUGACAAAAUUGUCCC